GACUGCUUUCUGCCAGCUAGUCCAGGUCUCACAGUCGCGAACGACAUACAGGAAAAAGUACAAAUUUGCGUUCCUCAGUGGCAGUAUUUAAAGGAAUCAAUUGAUUCAGCCAGAUUAGUGUGAAGAAAAUCACAUCGUCAGAUCGUGACUAGUGGGAAUAUUGAGCGAUUUUGCUUCGACGCGAGUCAGUUGUCUCUCACAGAACAAGAUGGAUUGCUGAAAACACAAACAAUACACCGAAAACUGCAAAGUUGUGAUUCACGUUACUCAUCGAUAUCUCGCAGCAUCAAGGUUCCCCAAACGUUGGGAACUGUGGUAGAGAUUUCUUUCUCAUUUGGUUGUGCAGUUCGUGUUUCUACUUUUUUUUUUGUACGUUAACGAACAGCGAACGAAAAUACCCCAGGAAGCUCCACGAUUUCGAGGCAUGAAUUUGGGAAGUUCCGGUGGAACGAGCACGUCCGGUCAUUCCAGUACUUACACGGGCGCCGGCAGCGGUAGUUCGGUAGCAGGUGGCAGUAGCAGCAGCAACAGCGACAUGCCUGCAGAAAUUCGUCCUAAGAUGGUCACGGUCAAACAUCCGGAAUCCAACAAACCCAAGCCUACCACCAAGAAGGGUAAAGCCAUACAGGCCGAUGUAGAUGUGAUUAAAGAAUUCCAACGCUGUAAAGAGGAAAGCAUUCAAAGACUUGACUUGAGUAAAUCUUCUAUCACGAUAAUUCCGCCGUCGGUCAAGGACUGCACCAGUCUCAUAGAAUUCUAUCUGUACGGCAACAAAAUAAGCUGUUUGCCUGCCGAAAUCGGUUGUCUAUCCAACCUGAAAACACUCGCACUCAACGAAAAUUCUCUCACCUCGCUGCCCGACUCCCUGCAAAACCUAAAGCAUCUCAAAGUGCUUGAUCUACGACACAAUAAACUCUCGGAAAUCCCCGACGUGAUCUACAAGCUGCACACCCUCACUACACUCUACUUGCGCUUCAACCGAAUCAAGGUGGUGGGAGACAAUCUGAAAAAUCUCAGCCAUCUAACCAUGCUCAGCUUGCGAGAAAAUAAAAUCCACGAACUGCCGUCGGCCAUUGGUCACCUCGUGAACUUGACGACGCUCGAUCUAUCACACAAUCAUCUGAAGCAUCUCCCGGAGGAAAUCGGAAAUUGUGUAAAUCUUACGGCAUUGGACCUGCAGCAUAACGAUCUGCUGGACAUCCCGGAGACGAUAGGCAAUCUGGCAAAUUUGAUGCGGCUAGGAUUGAGAUACAAUCAGUUGACAUCGAUUCCAGUGUCACUGAAAAACUGCAUUCACAUGGACGAAUUCAACGUCGAAGGCAACGGAAUAAGCCAGCUACCGGAUGGUUUGCUAGCCAGUCUCAGCAAUCUGACGACGAUCACCUUGUCGCGUAACGCGUUCCACAGUUAUCCUUCCGGUGGUCCGGCCCAGUUCACCAACGUGACCAGCAUCAACAUGGAGCACAAUCAGAUCGACAAAAUCCAGUACGGCAUCUUCUCGCGGGCCAAGGGUCUCACAAAGCUGAACAUGAAGGAGAACGCCCUAACGUCCCUGCCGUUGGACAUUGGCACCUGGACGCAAAUGGUGGAACUUAAUUUUGGCACAAACUCGCUCACCAAACUACCGGAUGACAUCCACUGCCUGCAGAAUCUUGAAAUUCUCAUCCUGUCCAACAACGUACUGAAGCGAAUCCCCAAUACGAUCGGAAACCUCAAGAAGCUCCGAGUACUAGACCUAGAAGAAAACCGACUGGAAUCACUACCCUCGGAGAUCGGUCUGUUGCAUGACCUCCAAAAACUAAUCCUCCAGUCCAACCAGUUGACUUCCCUCCCUCGAACCAUCGGACACCUGACGAACCUCACCUACCUUUCGGUAGGCGAAAACAAUCUCCAGUUCCUACCGGAAGAGAUCGGUACGCUGGAAAAUCUCGAGUCCCUCUAUAUCAACGAUAACGCCUCGUUGGUGAAGCUUCCGUACGAGUUGGCACUGUGCCAGAAUCUGGCCAUCAUGAGUAUCGAAAAUUGUCCUCUGUCAGCGCUGCCACCGGAAGUGGUCAGCGGUGGUCCAAGUCUGGUGAUACAAUAUCUGAAACUCCACUCACCGUACCGACAAAUGUGAUUUGUUCGCGCAGCGUAAGGAGAGGGAGGCACUGUGUUGUAUACUAAUUUGGUUGUUUUCUCUGCGAUUUGGUUAGUUGGUUGGUUGGUUAGCCAUAUCGGACAGCGAGUCCGAAUGAUGGCAUAUUGUUUGAUGUUGUGCAUGCGAAGACAUGAAGGACGGAAGGAAUAAGAGAAACGACAGGGGAGUGAUGAGGUGAUGCAUGCAAAGCAUGUUGGCAAAUAAUGUCUCACCUGCUGCAGUUGUGGCGUCUUUCCUACAAGAAGGAAACCCCACGUGAGGGUGUGGACAGAAAACACAGGCGCACGAAAUGUGUUUUCGUAAUUGUUUUAUUUUUUUAAACGAGCCAGAUGCAGUUGGUAAAAACAACAAUUCAAUGUGAUUGAAAUAAAGCUUUAAUAAUAUUGCUAUUUAAUGAAGGCAAAUAAGCAAACACACUAACGAAUAUGGGAAAAAUCAGUUACAAACAGUGAAAUAAUGUUGUACAGAAAAAAAAGUGAAACCCGUUAAAGAUAAGUAAAAGUUGUAAAAUGUUGGUGAAUGUAUAUCAAUUUAUGGGAAAAGCGAACACAGAAAAACCGCGGCAUAGGUAUAAGGAUAUACGGAGACACCGUACCGCAGAAGCCAUCAGCAUUGCAGGCUUGCAGUUUUCAUCAUAACGAAAACUACUUGACGAUGGCGAUAGCGACCACCACGAUGUCACCGAAUUAUUGAAGCGAAUUCCUUUCACCACCUACCUGACUUGCGUCGAUCGUGUAGACGCAAUAUCAAAUGACAUCUCCCGUUUGGGUGUAAUUUGAUCGCGGUGAUCCUGUGCGGGCCCCACUAACGAUGCGGUGCGCUUUUCUGUAUGUAUUUUUUGCCCAUGUAAAGUAGAGCGUACAUCCGUACAAGAAUGAGGAUAUGUGGUAAGAUGAAGCAACAAACGUCUAAGGCUAAUUUUCCUACGUAGAAAACACACGUUCUUCAGUUUGUUUGGUACGCAUAUAACUGCCGACUUCUUGGUGAAAUAAGAUCUCAUUUUUUGUUGCGAAAUUAGGGUUUUGGUAGGACUUUUUUCACGGUCGAGGUGAACAGAACAUGUACGAAAGACGAAAAAUAUCGUUUCUUGGUAAUUCCAAUAAUCGGUUACAAAAACUAAAUGUAAACUUGCGACCAUAAAACGAGAAUUUUGUUCACUUCACCAUGCUAUCGAACGAACGAACGAACAAUCGAUUUCAACUGGCAAUCAUUUUUAUUCUAAUCGUCUUUAAUGGAAUUAUUUACCAUGGGAACAGUGAUGUUUAGGAAUCACAUUUAACCUGAGAUUUGUUUAAAUUUUUCCUUACAUUUAUUGAAAUGAUUUACAAAAAUAUGCACGUUAGGUUUACGAGGUAUGUAUAAGUAAUACGUAGAAUAAUUUGUUUAACCAGCAAUAUUUUACAAAUUGCAUGAUUUAAUCUUAUAAGUUACAGUUAAUAACAUUUUAUACAAAAGGUGCUCAAUUCAAUCGCGUUCUAUUAAAACUUAAUUGUACCAAGCGUU